AUGUACGGUGAUAAAAAGGGGCUCGCCACAACCCGAGCCAUGAGUCGCAGCAUCGUGCGGCAGAGUAAGUUCCGCCACGUCUUCGGGCAGGCGGUGAAGGCGGAGCAGGGCUACGACGACAUCCGAGUCUCCAAAGUCACAUGGGACUCCUCCUUCUGCGCCGUCAACCCCAAGUUCCUGGCCGUGAUCGUGGAGUCCAGCGGGGGAGGGGCCUUCCUGGUGCUGCCCGUCGCCAAGACAGGACGCGUGGAUAAAAACUACCCCCUGGUGAUCGGUCACUCUGGGCCCGUCCUGGACAUCGACUGGUGCCCCCACGAUGACAACGUCCUGGCCAGCGGCUCCGAGGACUGCACGGCGAUGGUUUGGCAGAUUCCAGAUAACUCCCUGACUCGCCCGAUCUCGGAGCCCGUCGUGGUCUUGGAGGGUCACUCUAAACGCGUGGGAAUCGUGCUCUGGCACCCGACGGCACGCAACAUUCUCCUCACAGCAGGCAGCGAUAACCUGAUCAUCAUCUGGAACGUGGGCACCGGGGAGCCGCUGGUGUCGCUUGACGAUCACCCGGACCUCAUCUACAGCAUCAGCUGGAACCGCAACGGAAGCUUGUUCUGCACGACCUGCAAAGACCGGCGCCUGCGAGUGUGCGACCCCCGCAAGAGGGAGGUGGUGGCGGAACGUCUGGCUCCUCACGAGGGGAUCCGGCCGAUGAGAGCCAUCUUCACCAAAGACGGAAACAUCUUCACAACCGGCUUCACCCGCAUGAGCCAGAGGGAGCUGGGUCUCUGGGACCCGACAAACUUCGAGGAUCCUAUUGCGCUGCUGGAGCUGGACACAAGUAACGGAGUGUUGUUACCGUAUUAUGACCCAGACGCAAACAUGGUCUACCUCUGUGGGAAGGGCGACAGCAGUGUGCGGUACUUCGAGAUCACAGAGGAGCCGCCGUACGUGCACUACCUCAACACCUUCAGCAGCAAAGAGCCGCAGCGGGGGAUGGGUUUCAUGCCCAAGAGAGGCGUCGACGUCACCAAGUGUGAGAUCGCCAGGUUAUUCAAGCUUCUCGACAAGAAGUGCGAGCCCAUCACAAUGACAGUGCCUCGAAAAUCGGACCUCUUCCAGGACGACCUGUACCCGGACACCGCGGGCCCAGAACCCGCCAUGGAGCCGGACGAGUGGCUGGAGGGGCGCGACGAGGACCCCAUCCUGGUGUCGCUGAGAGACGGAUACGUCCCGCCCAAAAGCCGAGAACUGCGGGUUUCCAAGAAGAACCUGCUGGACUCCAGGCCCACGACCCGACGCAGCAUGUCCACCUGCGACACCAACAGCCUGCCGCCCCAGUUGCUGGAGCGCCUCCUGGAGGAGCUGCAGAACCUGAAGGCCACAGUGGUGUCUCAGGAGAAGAGAAUCUGUGAGCUGGAGAAUAAGUUGUCGCAGUACACAAACGGCACGGCUUAA